AUGAAAGGAGGGUGGACUAAAGAAGAGGAUAAUCUUUUGAUUGAAGCUGUGAAAAAAUGCAAUGCAAGGAAUUGGAAGGGAAUAGCUGAAUUUCUCCCUGGAAGAACAGAUAUCCAGUGCUUGCAUCGAUGGCAAAAGGUCUUGAAUCCCGGAAUCUCGAAAGGACCUUGGACAAAAGAGGAGGAUGAUUGUAUUACUCGGUUGGUUAAAAAGUUCGGUUGUCGGAGAUGGGCUGUCAUUGCGAAGUUUGUGGGAGGUCGCAUAGGCAAGCAAUGCCGAGAAAGGUGGUACAAUCAUUUGGAUCCAACCAUAAGAAAAGAUUCAUGGGGAGAAGAAGAGGAGGCCAUUCUUACAUAUUAUCACCAAAUUUAUGGGAAUAAGUGGACUAAAUUAGCUGAGCUUCUACCUGGAAGGACCAAUAAUGCAAUAAAGAAUCACUGGAACUGUACCGUAAAGAAGAAGCUUGAUUUGCACUCUCCUAGUCGAUAUGCCAAGGGCAUCGAUAAAGGGUCUUCUGAUUUUCAUGAUCGGGAAACUAUGCCGAAAGGCAUGAAGGUCAAAGACGUGAGACAGCGUUUUGAUGAAACAAAAUUUGUCAAUCAGAAUGUUACUGUGGAUUAUAGUGCUGAAACAUGUAAUUUGGAUUUGGUUCUUGGAAUUGCUGGUCCACCAGAAAUCAAACUAGGAGCAGACCCCGGUAAUGUAGAAAAGUACAGCUCUCCAGGAGUGUCGUAUGAUCAGAUGCCCGUGCAUUUUAAUGAGAAGGGUACAAUCGAUGAUUCAAUCGUUGGAUCUGUAACGAGGUAUGAUAAGCACACCUGGGUACCUGAACCUCAACCAGCCUUAUUCAGGAUGGUUUCUCAGGAUGGUUGUGCUCUUCUUGCUUCGACAUCAGUCGGUUCUCCAUCAAGUUCCUUAGCUUUCAACCCGGAAAGCAAAAUCCGGAGAACAAAUACAGCAUACUCAAGUGACUGCUCGUUGCAUAACGAGCCAGCUCAGCGAGAGGGUUCGAUAAGUACUGUAUUUCCCAUUGUGGAAAACGGAGAUAUCCAUUUUAAAAGUUCAUUUUGCCAUGCUUCACCACCUAACAAACUCAUUGGAAGUCUCUCUCCUAACAGUAGGAGUCUAGAAUCUAUAUUGAGGAUAUCUGCAAUGACCUUCAAGAACACUCCUUCUAUCAUUAGGAAGAGAAGUUACAAAAAGGGUUGGAACGAUAACAUCUCGGAAUCCGCCGCCUCCUAUCCUGUAAGGACUUUUUCGUGUUUUCAUAUGGAAGAAAUGUGA